GGGAUGUCACGUGAUAUUCUAACGUCAGGAGGUCCUACAUAGUAUAGUAUCAGCCUUUACCUCUCAGUGAUGGCGGUGCCCCGGUUGGUUCUCAUCUUCAGCGGGAAAAGGAAAUCAGGGAAAGAUUAUAUCACGGAGCGGCUCCGAGCUAGUUUGGGUGGGGACGUGUGCGCCAUCCUGCGCUUGUCUGGGCCCCUGAAGCAGCAGUUUGCUCUGGAGCGGGGUCUGGACUUUGAGCGCCUCCUGGAUGCCACUGAGUAUAAGGAGCGGUACCGGGCCGACAUGAUCCGCUGGGGGGAGGAGAAGAGGCGAGCGGACCCCGGAUUCUUCUGCCGUCUGAUUGUGGAGGGGGUGACGCAGCCGGUGUGGAUCAUCAGCGACGCCCGCCGCAGGUCAGACGUGGACUGGUUCCUGGAGGCUUACAGGGACGUGACACAGACGGUUCGUGUGGAGGCCUCUUUGGAAAGCCGGCAGUCUAGAGGCUGGGUGUACGCCCCGGAGGUGGAUGAUGCAGAGUCGGAGUGUGGCCUGGACACCGGGGUGACGUUUGAUUGGAUCAUCACCAAUGACGGGGACGAGGUGUCGCUGGAUGAGCAGCUACUUAAAGUGAAGGCCUUUACCCUCAGCAGACUGACGCUCCCGGUGUGAGGGCUGCAGCGGGAUCUAUGACAAUCAUCAGCGCUUUCAGGCACAGAAGGAAGAGUUAGAAGCUCUGCUGUCUGUCAGGGACAGGAGGAACAUCACUCCAGGACUGAAAGAGGAGAACAUCAGACUGAAGGGCGCCCCCUGCUGACAGAAGAGACUGCGCACCUCUCUGCCAAGAAGGAGCUGCUGAAUGUGCAGGAGAAGCUGGAGGUCCUGGAGAGCGGUGGUGUGGAGAAGGAAGCUCUGAAGGUGGACCUGGAUGCCAUCUGGCCUCUUUGUCUUUCAUGCAUCUCCAUCCUUCCUUUUCCAUCCCUGUCCUUCCUGCUUCUUUGUACUUCUGCCAUCAUGAGUCCCCUUCAUAUGAUUCUCUAUCCAUAAAGGGGUUGUCUGCUUUUUACUAUUGAUGACUUAUCCUUAGGAUAGGUCAAUAUCAGAUUGGUGGGACUCCCGGCACCCCCGCCAUUCACUUCUAUGGGCCGGCUCUGUAGUAUUACACCGAUUACCACUGCAAUAGCUGCAACGAGCAGGUAAACGGAGCAGAGAAGGCGGCGCUCGCAUGAGCUGAUCGGCAAGGGUG